AUGAGAUGUGUUUGUACUGAGCCAUCUAACCCUAGCAAUGAAACCAUGGAAGUGUGGAAGAGAAAGAAUGUGACAGCAGACAGUAUUUCCUGGGGAAACCUCACUGUUUCCGAGUGUAAGACUUUCCACGGUAUGUUUGUGGGAUCAGCUUGUGGUCCUCAUGGGCCUUAUGUUCCCGAUGUGCUCUUCUGGUGUGUAGUCUUGUUUUUUACGACGUUCUUUCUGUCUUCAUUCCUCAAGCAGUUUAAGACCAAGCGUUAUUUUCCUACCAAGGUGCGAUCAACAAUCAGUGACUUUGCUGUAUUUCUCACAAUAGUAAUAAUGGUUGUAAUUGACUACCUUGUGGGAAUUCCAUCUCCUAAACUUAAUGUUCCUGAAAAGUUUGAGCCUACUGAUCCAAGUAGGGGCUGGAUCAUAAGCCCUUUGGGAGAUAACCCUUGGUGGACCUUACUAAUUGCAGCUGUUCCAGCUCUGCUUUGUACCAUUCUCAUCUUUAUGGAUCAACAGAUCACAGCUGUAAUCAUCAACAGAAAAGAACACAAACUCAAGAAAGGAGCUGGCUAUCACCUUGACUUGCUAAUGGUUGGUGUCAUGUUGGGAGUCUGCUCUAUCAUGGGCCUACCAUGGUUUGUGGCUGCGACAGUGUUAUCUAUAAGUCAUGUCAACAGCUUAAAAGUAGAAUCUGAAUGUUCUGCUCCAGGGGAACAGCCCAAGUUUCUGGGGAUUCGUGAACAGCGGGUUACAGGGCUGAUGAUUUUUAUCCUGAUGGGCCUCUCUGUGUUCAUGACUUCAGUACUAAAGUUUAUCCCAAUGCCAGUUCUGUAUGGUGUUUUCCUUUAUAUGGGAGUUUCAUCAUUGAAAGGAAUUCAGUUUUUUGACCGUAUCAAAUUAUUUGGGAUGCCUGCCAAGCACCAGCCGGACCUAAUCUACCUCCGCUACGUCCCCCUGUGGAAGGUGCACGUGUUCACUGUCGUCCAGCUGACCUGCCUCGUCCUUCUGUGGGUGAUCAAAGCCUCUGCUGCUGCAGUAGUUUUUCCCAUGAUGGUGCUUGCACUAGUCUUUGUGCGCAAGCUCAUGGAUCUGUGUUUCACAAAGAGAGAACUCAGUUGGCUUGAUGAUCUCAUGCCAGAAAGUAAGAAGAAAAAAGAAGAUGACAAAAAGAAAAAAGAGAAAGAGGAAGCUGAGCGGAUGCUUCAGGAUGAUGCGGACACCGUGCACCUUCCAUUCGAAAGAGGGAGUCUCCUACAAAUUCCAGUUAAAACCCUAAAAUAUAGUAUUGACCCAUCAGUUGUUAACAUAUCAGAUGAAAUGGCCAAAACUGCCCAGUGGAAGGCACUUUCCAUGAAUACUGAGAAUGCCAAAGUAACCAGACCUAACACGAGCCCUGAAAAGCCUGUGAGUGUGACAAUAAAUUUCGAAGAUGAACCAUCAAAAAAAUACAUGGAUGCUGAGACUUCAUUGUAAAGUCAAACCAAAAGGAAUAUAUAGAAAUAUAUGCCUAUCUGUACACACACACACACACACACACACACACACACACGCACACACACACGCACACACACACGCACACACGUGUAAUAAUAGUACUACGGGCCUUUUUGAAGUAGCAUUGGGCAUUUAUUGUGAGCACCGUGGAGACCGUAUUAGUGAAGUGGUCUCGUAUAAGCGAGGUACAUGGCUUUUACUCUUCAGAUACUUAUUUUUGGGAGUAAAGCCUUUUUGUUAUACAGUAGAAAGAUGUGGAAAACUGCAUUCAAUCUGUUUUUCUUAAAUAUCUGUUAGUGGCAAUCAAUCAUAUCAACCUUAAUUGAUACAUACUUAGUCUAUAUACUUAAAAUUUUUACCUGAAUUUUGAAAGACUUUUGUUUCCCUUUGGUAGUGUUUGAUAGGUAGAAUAAGGAGUCUGCUCAUGCUGUGGGAAAUGACGUGUCCUGGCUUCUCUGUGGGCUCUCUUCUUGUACCUGUCCAUCGUACUUCACAGGUGAUGAACAUAGAGGUGAUUAUCAAUUAGUGAAGACUUUCUAGGUAGGAACUUUAUGGCUUAGAGGUUAUUCUUAAAUCAUAAAACUUCCAUAUCUGGGCUUCCAUUUUGGUGGACAAGAAAAAAAAAAUAUAUGUGACUUUUAAUUUAAUAACCAUACAAGUCAUAAUGUUUUGAGUUUUAGAAGCUAUAAAGUGCCCAUGUGCUAUAGUUAAAUUUUUUUUAUCUUUGUAGCAAAGCUUUUCCAUUACUCAUACCUUCCUAGGAGCCCAGAGUCCCACUGUUGUUUGUCUUUGGUCUUUUUUACUUAAAGUGGUCUAGUGUCAGGUUCACGUAUCUCUCUGUUAUAAGGAGUAAUAAAGAGUCAGCACCCUUUCAAGUGGGCUUGUGAGCCAUGUUUCUUUACAAGAGUUACCUUUCAUUGUCUGUGCUUACUUUCUCUUUUGUAUACAAUGUAUUUAAUAGGUUAUUAUCCCCAAUUUCCUUUUAAAAUCUUUUAUUUAUUCUAAUUGAUGUGAUACUUAAAUAUUAUAUGGAUAUUUGAAACAGUAACAGAGUAAAUUGUUCCUGUUGUAGAUUUUUGGUGCUCACUUGCAUUUCUGUUCAUUACCUGAAAGCAGGUGACAAACUUUACAUCUUUAAUAUAAAGCACUGCCAUAUUUACAUUUUAAAAGGAAGUUGGGUAUUUCUUGUGCAGUUCAGAUCAAUGACAUUGUUCCUGUUCUGUGUUAACAUUUGGGUUUCCAGUAUUUUUGAGCUGUCUUGUAAACAUAUAGCAAAUUUAUAGACACACAGCUCUCUACAGAAUAAGUAAAUACUAUUUCAGCUUGUGGGGCAGAAUGAUUGGAGCCAUGAAUCUCUGAUAAGGCAGGAGGAUAGAUAACACAGGGAAACAGUGAGAAGCCCCAGUUACCUUCAGAAACACUGAAGGUGAUGGAGUAGGAAGAUUAGGGUGAAUGUUUUACGGAAAUUCUAAUAUUCUCUAGUCCUUUCAAACUAAAGUACAAAAGUUUUAAGAAAUUGAUCUUUAGAUCAAAUGAAUAGAAUUACCCAAAGCAGAUAUUUCUGGCACGUUUGAUUGAAGUAGUUUUCGGUCGUUCUAAACUGUGUACCAGUUAGUGUAAUCCCCUCAUCUGAGGUCACAUAGUAGGCUGCUCGUUCAAAUAGUAGCUGGCACCAUUUGGUACUAUCUGAGGAAUUCUGUUGGACUUCCUUAACGUGAUGGGGAGUGUUGCCAUGGUGCUUAUGGUCAUUGGUGACCUCCACUGAAGUGGUCCUUCUUCAGUCAGCAUCAUAGUGAUUUCCAUUUGCUGCUAAUUAUAACCCCUGCCCCCUGUGAUGUAUCCAAACAAGAGAAUUUCCUCACACCAUUUCCUUGUAUCUGGACAUCAAAGGGUUAAUUUAUUUUACAGGAAGUGAUUUUAAAAUUUAAACUGAAAACUACCUGGUAUCAUAAUUUUCCUGUGACUUAUUUAAUUAUCUUAUUAUCCAGUGCCAGAAAAACAAAAAAACAAAAAACAAAAAACAGGACAUACAGAAUACUUUGUAUCUAAGAUGUUUUAACAUGGUCUUCGUUACUAAUGGCAUCUGCUUUCUUUUGACUACUUGACUUACAAAGUGAUCUGAUAAGACUACUCCACUGAAGAGCAGAGGUAAUUAACUGCUGCUUUCAGGUGGUUACAUUUCUUGUGCUAUUUUUGAAAAUAACAAUCAUGAAUAACAUUCAUUGCAAGACAGCAAGAGAGAUAAUUUAGUAUAUAUAUUGAUUUUUAAAUGCUGCCUUAAAUAGGUGUAAAUGAGCAGUAGUAAUUGCUAUGUACUGAUUUACCUCAAGGUGCAAAAUAAUUAAACUUGUACAUACCCAUUUCCAGAGUAAUUCAGAGACACAGCCCUGCACUUUCUUAGAUGCCUUGAUUUUCAGAUGGAGCUUAGUGCUACUGAACACCACGGCCGUGGGGCCACCUCAGGAUGUUCUUCCCUCCACCAUAUUUUAUUUAUUUAUAGAUGUGUGUUUACAAAGAAUAUAAUAAAGCCUGGUGUUAACUAUCUGAAAGUUACUUCCUUCUUAUUGCUAUUUCAAUCUAAAGUAGAAGCUUUUGAGAAAACAGUAAACUAGCUUCCUGAUGCUAAAGGGGGUGAUUAUAAUAUAUAUUUUUAAUAAUAUUAGAUAUGCAAAAGUGAAGUACAAGGUCUUUAAAACAUUGUGUGAAUGUUUGUGUACAUGUAUGAAAUCACUCUUAACUCUCUUAACUUUUUUAAAACUUGUGGCAUACCGAUGUUCAGAUUUGCCAAGCUUUCUAUAAGACAUGUAAGAUGAAAUGUUUUUGUUUUUGUGUGCUAAUGCAUGUAUUUAUAAAGAUUUGUUUACUGCUGGGAAUCACUAACUCUUGUUUCUCCAUCCACAAAGUGUUCAUUUCUUCCACAUACUGGAAGUUUUGGCUUGAGUGUAUGAGUUUUCUGGGUUAGAAUUGUACAGAAAGAAGAAUGGUCCCUCACAGUAUGGCAUCACAACAGAGCUGCCUGGUUAGGUUCCAUCAGUGUGUACAGCUCAGCAGCCCUGCAUCUGCGUCCUGUGCUUCUAUUAAGUAACUUACAUGUCUGAAAUGUAUUUAUGUAGGUUCCAUCACUAUCAUUUGUAGUACAAAUACAUGAACUGUUCAUUUAUUCCAACAAUUUAUUUAUUUUUAGAAAGUAAAUUUAAAGUCGAGCUGCGUUCAAGUUUUAAAAUAGUGUUCCAAUCACAAGAUGUGAUCAUUUUAAUUGUAAAGUUUCUUUUAACUUUCUGGAAAAUCAACUGUCAAAUGGAAUCAUGUGAUGAUUAUUUUAAAUUUUUUAACAUGUAUGUACUUAGAGUUUAAGCCCCAGUUCUGUGGUUUUUAAUCAUAUCUUUUUGCACAUUGAUUGUUUCUGUGCUAUAGCUUUUCCUGUGUUCCUUUGUUUGUUUAAGAUUUUUGGCUUUGUAGUAGUAAGGUGUCUUCCAGUGUUUACUUUAUUAGGCUUAAAUUAAAGUUGAAAUUUAUUGUCCAUUUAUACAAUAUUUGAUACCUUGGUGUAAUUUCCCAGUUACAAUUUUUAUGACAUUUAUAAUUGCAAUGGUAUUUUCUUUUGUAAUAAAAUCCAAAGUAAAUUAAACAAAUUGUAGACCUGAUAUUUUUCAUCUAUAUGAAGUACAAGUCUCUACCUGAGUCUAUAAUGUGAACCAUCCUGCCUUUCACAUUUAUUUCCUAAUUGUUAGAGCAAACUAUUUUUUUGUAGAUGUUAUUGAGAGUUGAAAGAGCAAUAAAAGUUUACAAAGCAA